AAUCGCAAAAUGAGGGACGGCCUACAUAAAUCCAUGUCCGGUGCCCCGCAAUGGCUACCGGAGUGCAUACGUGGCUCCAAAGCCCUACCUCCUGAUGCCACCCAAACCGGUGGCCAAACGGCGCACAUGUUCACCAUCGGUGCUAAUGGGGGUGUCAUAGGAGCCCCACCAUCGCCAAUGAUCCGGGCCAGUGGUCACCACCAUAAGAGCCACUAUCAGCUACACCCCCACCAGGAGGGUCAGGUGUCAGACUACCACUCAUCUAACAUACCAAACACCCCCACCAGAAUAUGCUACCAGUGCUCUCGCAGAACUCAGGGCACUGGCAAUCAUAUGCAGCACAUGUAUGUCAUAUGCACGUUGCCAUAUCAUUACUGGAGUACGAAGUCAUCCGGACCACUGCCCCCGCAAUACGAGGACAGUGUGGGGCUCCCGGGGCUGGACAACAGGUCCGGUACGCGACACACGGAGGACAGCAACGUGUUGUCGUUAAUGUCAAAGACCACCACCAGUGCCAACAGCCAGCACCGGGCGAUCAACAACACCAACAACAUUACCGGAUUCAUCACACAAGGGUAG